AUGGAGGCUGCUGAAAUUUCGGCACUUCGGAAACGGAUACGCACAGCCAAAACGACAAUUGGCAUCGAAGCAAACAAACUAGAGACUGCAAUGGAGAAGUUCAGUGAAGCAGUGGACAAGUUGGACAACAGGACGCAGUCGCUCCCAGAGAUUAUUGAAAGGAUUGAAACAAAUACUACAGCAGCACAAACUCCUCUGGACAACGCGAACAAAGCCCUGGCAAGGCUAACCCGACUUCGAGAGGAGCUUGAAUUCGACCAGGAACAAAGCUCGCUCAACAGGUGUGAAGUUCCGGAAAUGAAACUCGCACCAAUCCCAAUUCCAAAAUUCAGCAGAAAACUCUGGGAAUGGGAGACCUUCUGGAAACCUUUCGACCACACGGUGCAUUCCAGAAACAUUGACAACCUCUUCAAGUUCAACUACCUUCUUGACGCCCUCGAAGGAGACGCAGAAGAAUCUGUGAAGCAUUUCGAGGUCUCGGAAAGCACCUACCAACUGGUGAUUGAACAUCUGAAGGAGAAAUAUGGCGACAAACAGGCUUUGGUUGAUCAACUUUUGAAGAAUCUCCAAGGAGCACGCGCCCGAACCGACAGUCUAGAAGACCAGGAAGCACUUUGCGAGCAACUUCACUCUAUAACUUCGCAACUGACACUCAAAGGGGAACACGACGACAAUGUUUUCCUGCAAAAGGAGAACGAAGGAAAUUGGAGUACGGCAGCGUUGCUCUCAGCAGCAAGGGAGCACAUCAAGACCGAGCUUAAGAUCAACCGCCGAGUUGAACAUAGCCUUGGAGGUGGAAAAAUGGAGAAAACAAAUGCUGGAAAGAAGAAAUAUUUUAGCAAAACAGAAGUAGUCCCACGUGUAGCACCUUGUUUCUACUGCAAUAAAAGUGGACAUCCAGCAAAGGACUGUGACGAAGUCACUUCUCGGGAGCAACGAGUACAAAUAAUGAGAACGCAGAAUCUCUGCCACAAUUGUGGAGGAAAGGAUCACUGGGCUACGAAAUGCCCCAAAGGAACUUGCAGAAUCUGCAGACAAGCCGGACACCACACGUCCAUUUGCAAAGAACUCUUCAGCUCUCAGAAAGCCCGUCAAAAGCCUCCACUCCGAGAAGUACCACAGAAGCAGGGAACAAAGCUUCAACUACCCAAGGCCAAGACUUCGAAAAUAAAUACGGUCGCUUCGAAUGACGGUAGCAAAGGGGAAAUGAAAGCUUCAGACGCAGUUUUUCACGUCAGCAACACAACGAAGGUUCUCAUUCUGGCGGGACAAGCCAGAAUACUUAAUCCGACAACAAAAGCGUUAGAAACAGUCUACGUGAUUCUCGAUACAGGAGCCGACCGAUCGUUCAUCAGUAGCAGUUUGGCUGAGCGCCUCCAGCUGAAAGACGUAGAUUCCAGUCGUCUAAGCAUCGGCAACUUUCGGCGCUCACAAGCCUUUCGAAAGGACUUGCGGCAUCACGGUUCUCCGCAUAUGGGAUGCACAUACGUUCACAGUAACGAAAAUCGAUACCAUUACAAAACCAUUAACAAGAAGCAGACUGAGUCAAGAGGACAAGCAGUUCCUGUUCGAAAACGAUAUUCAUCUCUUCAUCAACCAUACUGUCGAGAAGAUCCAGCCAGAUAUCCUUCUUGGUUGCGCCGAUCUUUUCUCACUCCUCAAGGAUGGACCAGAAGCUCAAACAACCCUCCCAUCCGGAUUGAAAGCAAUCCUCUCGCGACUGGGAUAUCUCAUAUCUGGACGAGGCGGCGAAGAGUUAGUCAACUCGGAAAGUUCGAACAGUUCUGUGAAUUCGAGAAGUCCGGAGUUAAGGAAUUUUUGGAUCCGAUAACGGAGCAACUGAAGCAGACAAACGCAGAAGUCUGGAAAGCUUUUGACGAAACUAUCGAAAAGAAAGAAGAUGGAUACUAUGUGCGCCUCCCAUGGAAGAAGGAAGCAAGCGGACUUCCGGACAAUAAAUCGAUUACAUAUCGUCGUCUGCAAGCAAAUCUUUCUAAGCUUAGGAAGAAUCCCAAUCUACUGCAGCAGUACGACGACACGAUCAAGAGUCAACUCGAGCUGGGAUCAUCGAAGGAGUUGCUGAGGAUUUAA